UGAGUCACAGAAAUUUGGACGAGUUUGACCCGUCCCGGAUCCACCCAUUCAGCCCCGAAAUUUUUUCAUCGCCAAUUUAGUACGGAGUGCACGCUAGCAUUUCCGCCUCAAGUACCACCCACAGCGCAGCGUCCCCAAUUGGAUUCGCGACGAAACAAAACACAAUCUGAACAAAACGAGCACUCCCUCUCGAUUCUCACUGCGCCUCUCUUUCCCCCUUUCCUUUCCUUCCUUCAUUCACAACCUACAGCUUCAAUAUAGCGCGUUUAUUUGACGGCCUAACUGUCGUCAAAUGAACCUGCACCUGCGCCUUUUGUUAUCUUCCCAUGUAACUUCCCUACCCUCCAGGCUUCACCUAAAUGCCCACCGUCUAUUCCUCCGUCUUCCAGAGCUUUAUCCGCCAGGGAUUCUCCAAGUCAUUCACCCACGGCUACGCACAAUCGUUCGUAGCUGCGACACAUCCCCAUGUUCUAAACCCGCAGACCCGGCCGUCCUUUGCGCGGCGUAACAGCCACCGCAUUGGACGGCUCCAGAGCCUCGGCCUGCAGAGUGCGUUUCAUACCAGCAACCAAGCAUCCGGCUCUGCCGUCGAGAACCGGCACGAGAGGAUCGCCAGCCAUGGAGGACUGGACGCCUACUUUGACCAUCUUCAGAGGAAGCAGGCUGCUGGCGAGCAGCUAGAUGAAGGCGAGAAGGACUGGAUCCAAUUUGAGUUCCCGAAGCGCAUCGAGUGGAAACCCACUGCGGCUUCCAUACUUCUCGGCGGCGAACCAAGGACCCAAAACGCCGAGGAACACGAGCUCACCCACGAUGCUUCCAGUACGAGCAUUCCACCCGAAGCCGAGGCCGCCUUGGCCCACAUCGAUGCUGCCAUUGAGAAGGAAAUCGAGACCAGGAGGCGGCUGGAGGCUCUGAACGAGGAAUCGUCGCAGUCGCUGCGCCCACCAAGUCCUGGAGAGGCCGAGGAGGCCAUCGCCCGCUCUGCUACCCCAGUCUCCAGAGUCCGAACCCCGGCAAGCAUUGCUCGUACGGCCACUCCUCCGAUCGACCCGCAGUCGCAGACCUACGCGGAUCACCUCACCAAGCUUUCCGGAGCAUCCCGGUAUGCCGAGAUCCCGGCCGUUUUCGAGGCCAUGCUUGUGGCGGGCGUACGGCCCAUCGCAACCGCCUACAAUGCCCUUCUCGUGGCCGCGAUACACCUGCCAUCCGCGAAGAUCGAAAUCGUGUCCAAGGCCCUGGAUGUCUACGCCGACAUGCUCCGGCGCAAGGUUUCUCCCGACAGCGAUACCUACAACAUCCUCGUUGGCCUGCUCGCUGCUCGAUCACUCGAGGUCUCCGCGCUCAAGACAAGCCUCGAGGGCAAGCGGCUGCGGUACGGUGGUAUGGACGAGCCGGGGAAGUUCAUGUUUGCCUCCCACGAGCUUGAGCACGCAAUUCUCUCCGAGGAUGAUCGCCUGGAUCUCGCGGUCACUCUGUUCGAGUCAUCCGUCGCUUCGGGCAAGGCCUUGUACUCGUCCGAGACGUACCACCAGCUCAUCUCGGCUUGCGCCCAGGCGGGCCGCCUUGGCGACAUGCUCCAGUUAUUUGACCACAUGGAGUCAAACGGGGCGACCCCCUUCGCUGCCACAUUCCCAGCCAUGAUCACCGCCUUUGCCAAGUCCGGCGAUCUUGUCAGUGCCGUGGAGUGCUACAGCGAGUAUCGCAGCCUCGCCAUUGCCAAUGACCAUGGCGAGGGGACUCUCCUUGAUCGGCUGGAUGCCCAAGUCUAUGCUGCCGUCAUCAACGCCUAUGUCGCUUCGGACAAGAUCGAGGGCGCCAUGAAGUUCUACAAGAAGAUCGUUCAGGAGUACGGCGUGCGAGCUGCCGACAUCAAGGAUGCCAUCAUAAGCGCCGGGUUUGUGAAGGCAUUCAUCGACCGCGGAAUCUAUGAGGAGGCCCUCCGCUGGGCUCAAGUCAUCGAGUCAGAAAGCAGGGCCCCCACUAUGAGUGAGCUUGUUGUCUCUGCCGCCGAUAGCGGAGACAAGCCCACGGCCAUGGCAGCCUUCGCCCAGGUUUCCGCCACUAGCGACGUUGUGUCUCCAGCCAUCGCCCUGCUUGCCAUGAGCGUGCGUGAGGGCGAUGUCGCUACUGCCUCGAGGUACUGGCAGGUCCUGAGCAACCCCGAGCUUGAGGUGACUGCGGCCUUCAUUGAGCCGACCGCCAUGUUCGCGGUGGCCUUGAUCGGCUCGGGCCAGGUCGCCGAAGGCUUGACCCAGUCCGAGAUGAUGUUCCAGCGCAUCCGUGAGAGCGGAGCCCAAAGGAAUCACCAACUCGCCGAUGAGGUAGAGGAGGCUACCGAGUUCAUAUCUCGCUACAUGAGCACCCGGGGUAUCACUGAUCCACGGGAGACUGCCUCGCAGACAUCCGUUGCGCCCCAGAGCUUUACCGCUUCGCCGUUCUCGUCGACGCCCACCGUCUCUAGCUACGAGGAUACCUUUGACCCUUACGCCCACAACACCGACUUCAAAGGUUCUUCGUUGAUCUCUGACGAGUUGGAGGGCGCUCAUGGUCGCCGAGGGCCGCGUCUGAAUGAUGCCCUCGGCCGGUUCCGGAACAUGCGUCGUGCUGGCCGGCAUCCGCGGUACAUCACUUAUGCCAAGUUGAUCUCCGCUGCGGCUCGCGAAAACAAGAUGGACCUUUGCCGGGAUAUUCUUGGCAUGGCUCGUACCGACGUUCCUCUCCUGCCCCAGUACGCCGUCGUUCGAUAUGGCUGGUCUUCCAUCUUGGACGCUAUGGUUGGGGCCUGCCUCACCCUCGGCAACAGGGGUAUGGCCGAGAAGUUCCAUCAGGAGCUUCUUGAGAUAGGUGCCACGCCAUCGGCCAAUACCUUCGGUCUCUAUAUCACAACGCUCAAGGAGUCCACCAAGACAUUCGAUGAGGCGACCGAGGCUGUUAAGAUCUUCCACCGCGCCAAGGCCGAGGGUGUCGAGCCGAGCUCGUUCCUCUACAAUGCGCUGAUUGGCAAGCUCGGUAAGGCUCGUCGCAUCGACGACUGCCUGUUCUACUUUGCCGAGAUGCGCGCUCGGGGCAUCAAGCCUACUUCGGUCACUUACGGCACAAUUGUCAAUGCCCUCUGCCGUGUCAGCGACGAGAAGUUUGCCGAGGAGCUGUUCGAUGAGAUGGAGGCCAUGCCCAACUACAAGGCUCGGCCUGCUCCCUACAACAGCAUGAUGCAAUUCUUCUUGACGACGAAGCGGGACAAGGCCAAAGCCCUGGCCUACUACGAACGGAUGAAGGCCAAGGGAAUCUCCCCGACCGCACACACCUUCAAGCUCCUCGUCGACACGCAUGCCACUCUCGAGCCUGUCAACAUGACUGCUGCCGAUGCCGUUCUAGACAUGAUCCGCUCGUCCGGCCAGCAGCCGGAGCCCGUCCACUACGCCUCGCUGAUCCAUGCCCGUGGCUGUGUUCUCCACGACAUGGCUGGAGCUCGUCGCAUCUUCGAUGCCGUGAUCAAGGACCCUACAAUCUCGCCGAAUGCGUGCUUGUUCCAGGCCCUGUUCGAGGCCAUGGUCGCGAACCACCGUGUCUCCGACGCCGAGCCUGUCCUCGCCCAGAUGCGCGCCAAGAGGGUCGAGAUGACGCCCUACAUCGCCAACACGCUCAUCCACGGCUGGGCCGCGGAGAAGAAGAUCGCCAAGGCCAAGGACGUCUAUGCCUCGGUCGGUCGCGACAAGCGCGAGCCCAGCACCUACGAGGCCAUGACGCGGGCGUUCCUCGCCGUCGAGGAUCGCGAGAGCGCCAAGGGCGUCGUCAGCGAGAUGCUCAGCCGCGGCUACCCCAGUGCCGUCGUCAACAAGGUCCUGGAUCUGCUUGGUGGCGGCGGUGGCAAGGCCGAGGAGGCUGCUGCCCCCGUCGCGGCUUAAAAAUCGUGCGCCACGCAAACACACGGCAUCGCAUCGCAUCGCAUCGCAUCGCAUCGCAUCGCAUCGCAUCGCAUUCUCUUCUGGCCAACACACAAUCUGUUCUAGCAUCCGAUCUUGUUUCAUAUGUCUACCUCCGCCGUUCU